UCGCAUGCACUUAGGUGGUGUCUGACCCAUGAAAGCUGUUACGUUACUGGCUUCCUGCUCUAGCAAAAUCAUUCAAAAGUUUAUUUCUUUAGAGUUGGUUCAACGGUGAGAACGAUUGUUUUCUUUAAAUUUGUUUACAGUAUUACCUUUGAAGAAAUGAUGAAACAACAAUUCUUUUUACUGCAAGGUUUGUCAUAUUUCCAGAUGACGUUUGGGUUUAUUGGUCAGUGUGUAUUCCCAUGUAGUCUGCAGGGGAAAUCAUUUAGUCCAAUUAUUGGAGGAAUUUUCCAGGCGGGAUCGGUUAUCGGGGAGUAUGGAAGCGAAGAUCCAUCGAUUCUGACAUUUACGAUCACAAAUCAAAACAUACAAAAACAGGAAAUAUGGGAGUGUUAUGCUAGAUCUGGACCAUUCUUCGCGUAUAGACGAAAGCUGAAUGAAACUUACGUCCAAUAUAGAUGUGAAAAACGACCACUUGUUGCGAUUAAUAGUGAUGGAGAUAUUCGUGUAGUGUUCGGAUCGGAAUGGGUGUAUUUUGCUGAACCCCCAACUUUAUGCGACGUUUGCAACGGAAAAUUAACAGUUAGUCCAGUGAUACAAGAGGUGUCUACAACAUGUGGUGAGGUUAAACUGCUAGAUGUUGGUUGUAAUAUCCCAAAUGUUUGCCGUAUUCAGGAUCCGCAGAGACAGACUCGAUGUGAAUGCGAGCCAUAUGAAACUGAUGACGGACUUUGUUGUGAUAUGUGA